UAACUCGACAUCGUCAUUUUCAAAUACGAGUAUCAUUCAACACAAAAUAAAUACAAAAAUAAUACUCGAAAGGAAAUGAAUGAAUCAGUCCUACCUUUUGAUUGAUAUAUCGUUCUUCUUUCUUGUUGUUACUAUAGGUUCCUUGAUGUAACCCAAUUCUCAAGAAUGGAAGGGGAUGAUACAAAAAAGUGGGAGGAUCUAGAUACUGACAUCCUGGUGAAGAUAUUUCAGACUUUUGACAUAUUUGAGAUGACUUCUGGUAUGGCUCAUAUAUGUAGCGCAUGGCGUUAUGCUGCUUGUGAUCCACUGUUGUGGAAAACUCUAGAUUUAUCAAUGUUGAAAUCAAACUUUAUAAAGAUCCCAUUAGAGCCUUAUGUUUAUGUGGAUGAACCAUCUGAUAAACAACUCACCAAACUUCUCAAGAUUUCUCUGAAUCUUAGCCGCGGAUGUAUCACAACUUUGCUUUUUCAUUUCUACCAGUAUGUCAGUGAUUAUCAGUUAACAUACACUGCUGAAAGGUGCCUGAAGCUCAGACGCCUGGUGUUGCCUGCUUGGAACCGAAUAAGGAAAACCGGGAUACGUAAAGCGAUUAGCUUGUGGAAUGAUCUCGAAUCCCUUACGAUGCCAAGCAUCGGCAAUCCACCUUAUCUCAUGGAAGAAAUUUCUAUGCAUUGCAAGAAAUUUUCUGAACUUAAAAUCUUUGGCCCAUGUGACAUCUUAAUGGUGCAGACACUCAUACGUUGUGUUCCAAAUCUUAAAGUUUUAAGUCUUCGGUGCUCGAUUCUGAAAAUGGAAGUGCUGCUACUUAUUCUAAAUGGCUUAGAGAACCUGGAGGUGCUUAACAUAUCUCAUUGCUUUAUUGUUGAAGACUCUCCACCACCAGCAACUAGAAAAGUAGUAGAGAAGCUUGAUAAUGCGAUUUUAGAGAAGGGUUCCCGGUUGCGUGAGUUCUUUACGUGCAUGGAUGAUUCAUGCGUUAUGUGUCAAAGAACAAAGGCUGAUGAAGGGCUUAUGAGGUGGUACAAGUAUGAAGAAGGAUUGUGGAAGGAAGAUGAGGUAAAAUCUCUUGUGGUUUGAUAUGAUUUAGAUCAAUAAUGUGACUGUUGGAAGAGUUUCUAAAUUGUAUAUAUGUAGAGGGAAAAAAUGUAAUAAUAACUAACAAGUUUAUGUUUAAGUUGAACACAAGUCCCCAACAAACAAGGAUGUGUAUGUCAUGUUCAGCUAGUAUAUAGCUUUUAAAAUCUUGAUUUAAAUUC